GGAGGGGGAGAAUCCAAUCCGGUUUGAGCUAGUUUUUCUUCCAAUGGAACAUUAACGUCUCGCUCCGCUGUGUUAGACUGUACUGGCACAGCUUUAUCUUUAAUAUACCACUGUAUUUUCUCCUGUAUUGAGUAAUAUUUAGCUCAUUUUUCUUCUUUAAAAACACCCCACACACAAACCAACCAUGCCUAAAAGGAACACAGCAGCUGCAGGAGGUGACUCAGCGCCCAAGAGGAGAUCGCUCAGGUUGAAAGAUAGACCUGCACCUCCAAAGCCAGAGGCCAAACCUAAGCCAAAGAAGGGACCUGCUAAGCCUAAGAAAACCAAGGAGGUGGAGAAGGCCAAGCCUGAGGAGAAAGCACCAGAGGCCCCUGCUGAGAAUGGCGAAGCCAAAGCUGAGGACGAUGCACCAGCUACAGACGCAGCUGAACAAAAAGACGAGGCAGCAGAAUAACAUCUCUCAAACCAUGUCUUUUACCAGUACUCCCUGUACCUCUUUUCUUGUACAAUUCAGGGGAAUAUUUUUAUCAACUAUUUUCUAAAUACAGGUUUUUUAGUAGUUUGAUUGUAGAGAACACUUUUUUUUAAUGAAAGAAAAAAGUCAAUUUGGAGACGGGAAUUUCAUCACAUCCCACAAUUUUGCAUCGCCAUAAAAAUUGAGGUCAUUGUUGUUACUGUCGGUGGAUUUCAUUUCAGUUUUAAAUGUGAAGGAGGGGAGGGAGAGGGACAGGUUACUCUGUCAACACGCAAGCACGACAUUCACAGGAGCUGGGUCAACAACCGCAAGAGCUUGCCUGCGUGGAUUACAUUCCAUAUGCUUUAUAAGGGACAGUGUAUGUAAUCUGUGCUGGGGUGGGAAUGGACUGAGUCACAGGGCAACUCAUUGUUUUCUUGUUUAUACUGAAGAACAGUGUUUUAGAAUGUUUGUAAGCUUUGUUCCUAUAUGUUAACUCUUGUACUCAUGCAGUUUUCUUAACGAAUCUGAUCAAUAAAGCUAAAAUACCUACAGUAGUACUGGAGCUCUCCCUAUCAGAACUUUGCAUCGCGUGUGUUGGUUGUAUCUCUGUUCUGUGAUAGCAUCGCAAUAAAUUUGUAUAGCUGCUGUGAAAAAAAGGUUUUCAAUCUUUCUAUAUGCAGUGUGUAAUGGUACAUUGUAAGGAUGGUAAAAAUGGAAUUUGUUUUCUUAUCCAAGCUAAUAAGGUGUGUUACCAAUAAAAAAAACUGUUAAGACUGGCUUAAAAUCCAGCACACAAACUGUACUUUUAUUUGAGAUGUCAAAUGCAUACCAGCAGUAGCAAUAUUCAUGUGAGUUUUAGCUAUCUGUAUCAAGUACAAGUGUGCAGUUUCUUUAUUUGUUUAUAGAUGUACCUGUGUAAUGAUUGUUAUCAACAAACCAAUAAAACUUGGUUGGUAGUUGUUA